UCGCCAGCUUCCUCCCUGGGGUGUCUUGUGAUUCAGAGCACAUUCUGCUCCACUCUUUUAAAAAGGGCAGCAUGUUGACACUCAAGACUCAAGAACAGAAUCAAACAAGGAAACAGCCGUUUGAUCAGAGUCGGUGUCCAGCCUCCAUGCUGCCUCUCCCGCUGGUCACUCUCUUUCUUGUCUCCUCCGGCUUCUCAGCUGGAGGAGGUAGCCCUCUCAGUGAAAGCCUGUGGCUGCUGAAGACUGAGUUUGCCCUUCACCUCUACCGGAGUGCAGCAGCAGAGAGGAACGGGACAAACUUCGUCAUCUCACCCGCCAGCGUGUCCCUCUCCCUGGAGAUCCUGCAGUUUGGAGCCCGGGGAAACACUGGCUGGCAGCUGGCAAGUGCCCUGGGAUAUACUGUGCAAGACCCAAGAGUGAGAGGGUUCCUGCACAGUGUGUAUACGGCACUGCACAACUCCAGUCGAGGCAUCGGGAUGGAGCUGGCCUGCACCCUUUUCAUCCACGCCGGGGCAUCCCUGUCUCCCUGCUUUGUGCAGCAGGUCUCCUGGUGGGCCAACAGCAGUCUGGAGCCAGCUGACUUUGGUGAGUCCAACCGCACCACCAUGGAUGUCUCCAAAGGCACACCCAGACAGAACACAGGUGAGGGCCCAGGUAGCCCCCUGUGGGAGCAGGCUGGUGCCCAGUCUGCUCAGCUCUCCAUCAUGAGCACCAUGACCUUCCAAAGUACCUGGCAGAGGAGAUUCUCUUCCAUGGCCUCGCAGCCCCUGCCUUUCACCCGCGCCCAAGGCCUCGUCCUUCAAGUUCCUGCAAUGCACCAAGUGACAGAGGUCAGCUACGGCCAGUUCCAGGACGCUGCAGGCCAUAAGGUAGAUGUUCUGGAGCUGUUGUACCUGGGAAGGGUGGCCAGUUUGUUCCUGGUGCUUCCCCAAAACAAGGACACCCCUCUGGACCUCAUUGAACCACACCUCACAGCCAGAGCCAUCCACCUCUGGGCCACCAGGCUGAAGAGAACCAGGAUGGAUGUGUUCCUCCCCAGGUUUCAGAUUCAAAAUCAGUUUGACUUAAAAAGCAUUUUAGGAUCAUGGGGUAUCACUGAUCUGUUUGACCCACUCAAAGCUAACUUGAAAGGAAUUUCAGGUCAAGAUGGCUUUUAUGUUUCUGAAGCAACCCACAAGGCCAAGAUGGAGCUUUCAGAGGAGGGCACCAAGUCAUCUGCAGCCACAGCUGUGCUGCUGUUAAGGAGGUCCCGGACUCCUGCUUUUAAAGCAGAUCGGCCCUUCAUCUUUCUUCUGCGAGAACAUAGCACAGGUACUGACUCUUUUAAAAAUUGGAUUCAGACAUUUAUCUUCAUCUCUCUAGCAAUCUAAUUUUACUUACCCAUUAUAAUCUCAAAUAAACAUUUCUUCUAGUGCUUUCUAUGGUGUUUUCAUAGUACAAAGGAACCUCUUUUCCUUCGUGGCUUUUACUUUUUCAUUCUAUUUAUUUGUAGCUAAUGCUGACUUUUUUUUUUUUAAGUUGAGUAGAUUUCUGUUUUAGAUACUUAAAAAGUCAUGAAAUCACAAGUCAAUCAAACCUUGCCUUUCCUUGUUGCUGUCUUAUCAUUUUAGAAAAGAUCAUUUCUUCAGGUCAAGAUAUACCACAGAAGUCAUC